AUGGUUGGACCACUGAAACAAGAGGCCUUUCGUAGCAACAUUGGCCCUGAUGGACGGCCACUGUCGGCACAAGAACGCGAGCGACUGUUGCAACCGUAUCUGCCCGAUGCCUCACCUCGCAAGCACCAGCGAUCGCAGCCGCUACGCCAGCUGAUCAAGGCGGCCUUGCACCUCUUGCUGUACAACCUCAUCCAUUUCGCCUUCUCCGUCUACCACCGCUUCCGCGUCGCAUACCACAACCUAAUCGACCGCGUCUUUGCCGUUCUGUACUACCACCAUCGCACCCCAGAGUACAUCCAGAAGGAUGUCCACCGCCUCAAGAAGCUGCCCAAGCACCUGUCAAUCAUUCUCGAGGUAGAUGACAACACACACGACAACUCGAGCCUGGAAGCUUUGAUCCACAAUGUUUGUGAGGUCGCUGCUUGGUCCGCCUGCGCAGGUGUGCCCCUGCUGAGUAUCUACGAACCAACCGGCCUCCUCAAGCAGUCCCUGCCACUCGUACACCGCCGUAUCUCGCGUACUCUGGCUGCUUAUUUUGGUCAUGACAACCCAAACAAGCCAACCCUUUCGCUGGGCGCUCCUCACAUGCAAUCUUUCUCGCCGCCUGCUUCGCCCAAAUCUAACUCUGACACCAACUCUUCGAAAUCGCCUCCUCAUCUUUCUAUCCUGCUUUUGUCAGCCUCCGACGGCCGUGGUACCCUCGUCGACCUGACAAAGACACUGGCUGAGAUGAGCCAGAAGGGAAAACUUGCUCCCAAGGAUAUUUCCAUGGAUUUGGUUGAUGCCGAACUCACCGAGAGCGUCAUGGGCGAGCCUGAUCUAUUGAUGUUAUUCGCUGAUAGUGUCCAUCUCAAAGGCUAUCCCCCGUGGCAGUUGAGACUCACCGAGAUUUUCCAUGUUCCUGACAAUAAUGGUGUCGGAUACCAGGUCUUCAUUCGCGGCCUGUACAAGUAUGCCCAGGCUCAAAUGAGAUUUGGAAGUUAG